GCAGCUGUGAAGGGCUUUUGGCUACAACAUAUAAAGAUCUCCAGGAACACCUUGUGCCUAAAAUAGUUUGCUUAUUCCAGAAGAACAGGAUGGGGCUGAGAGGCUAUUCUAGUGGGCUGCUAUUGUGCUUCAUUAUCAUUGUGGUUGAGUCUUACAAUCCUUGGGAUUUUUCUCCCUGGGGGUCUUUCCCCAGACCUUUCUCCUCUGUGCAACAGUCCUAUGACCCUGACUUCGGUUACUCUCGUCCCUGGGCAUGGGUAGAUGUUUCUCAGCCAAGGGCCCUGUCCAGUUGGAAGCCUGUGAUGGUGCAAUGCGGGGAAGCUCAGGUAGCAGUCAUUGUGAAUCGGGACCUGUUUGGAACUGGGCGGCUGGUCCAAGCUGCUGAUUUGAGGCUAGGCUCGGCAGGCUGCGAGCAAACAUCCCUUGAUGCUGAAGAGGGCUUGGUGGUCUUUGAAGCUGGUCUCCAUGAGUGUGGCAGCACCUUGAAGAUGACUCCAGAUUCCCUGGUCUAUAGCCUAAGCCUCUACUAUAAGCCUAACCCUGGGAAUAACCCUGCCAUUAUUAGGACCAGCCCUGUUGAGGUUCCUAUUGAGUGUCAUUAUCCAAGGAAAGACAACGCGAGCAGUAAGGCCAUCAAGCCUAGCUGGGUUCCUUUCAGCUCUACAAUCUCUGCAGAAGAGAGACUGGUCUUCUCCUUACAUCUGAUGAAAGAUGACUGGAGUGCUGAGAGACCCUCCAACAGGUACCAGCUGGGAGACACUAUGAACAUCCAGGCAACUGUUGACACUGAAAACCACUUAGCUCUGAGACUCUUCAUUGACAAAUGUGUAGCUACCAUGAGCCCAGACAGAAACUCCUCUCCCAGAUACUCUGUUAUUGACUCACAUGGAUGCCUCGUUGAUGGGAGAUCAGAUGAUUCCAGCUCUGCCUUUGUAUCCCCGAGGGCCAGAGAAGAUUCUCUCCAGUUCACAGUAGAUGCCUUCAGGUUCCCAGGAGACAACAGAGACUUGAUCUACAUUACAUGCCACUUGAAAGUCACAGCAGCUGACCAAUCUCCAGAUACUCUGAACAAGGCUUGCUCCUUCAACAAAGCAAGGAACAGCUGGUCUCCAGUUGAAGGCAGUGGACACAUCUGCAGCUGCUGUGAGACUCAACAUUGUGGCUUGCUUGGAGGGCAGUCUCGAAGAGCUGAUCCCUGGCAAAGAGGAUCAGGAGGGCGCUUCCGGAGAGACGCUUCCCCCGCUGGUGACUCUUCAGUAGAAAAAGCUGAGGCUUAUGUUGUGGUCGGACUAGUCUUCCUGGAUGUGCAAAAGACUUCAGUGCACCUGCCUGAAGAUCAAAGAACAUUGGGGCUGAUUGCACAAGGUCCCCCCAAGACAUCUGUACUUGUAAUUAUGGGACUGACAAUAGUAACUGCUUUUCUGACUCUAGCCUCCGUUACUCUGGGGGUCUUUUUUUCCUGCAAGAAAAGCAACAAUUUAAAUGUCUAUCUUCAAAAACUGUAGGAGAAAUAAAAUGCUUGUUAGAGUGUG